ACUCUUCAAUCAAGUACACUCUGUGUGCAGAUCUCACUGAUGUUUUCGCCUUCAUUCGUCGAUCUAAGAGCUUAAUCGAGUGAUAGAUCUCAAAAAUGGCGUUAGCGUUCGAUGAAUAUGGCCGGCCGUUCAUAAUAUUGAGGGAACAAGAAAGCAAGAGUAGAUUAAGAGGUUUAGAUGCUCAGAAGUCUAACAUCGCCGCCGGCGUUGCUGUCUCUCGCAUCCUCCGUACAUCUCUAGGUCCUAAAGGCAUGGACAAGAUGCUCCAGAGCCCCGACGGCGACAUCACCAUUACAAAUGAUGGCGCAACGAUCUUGGAGCAGAUGGAUGUUGACAAUCAAAUUGGAAAACUUAUGGUUGAACUGUCCCGAAGUCAAGACUACGAGAUUGGUGAUGGAACAACUGGUGUAGUUGUUAUGGCUGGUGCACUUUUAGAACAGGCUGAGCGGUUGUUGGAACGCGGAAUUCAUCCCAUCCGUGUUGCAGAGGGAUUCGAAAUAUCUUCAAGGAUUGCAGUUGAUCAUUUAGAACAAAUCUCACAUAAGUUCGAUUUCAGUGCUACAAAUAUAGAACCUUUGGUUCAGACUUGCAUGACUACCUUAUCCUCUAAAAUUGUGAACCGAUGCAAGCGUAGUUUGGCUGAGAUUGCCGUAAAGGGAGUCAUGGCCGUUGCUGAUCUAGAGAGGAAAGAUGUUAACCUAGACCUCAUUAAAGUGGAGGGGAAAGUAGGUGGGAAAUUGGAGGAUACAGAACUUAUUUAUGGAAUUAUAGUUGACAAAGAUAUGAGUCAUCCUCAGAUGCCAAAGCAAAUUGAAGAUGCAAAAAUUGCCAUCUUGACUUGUCCAUUUGAGCCUCCAAAGCCUAAGACCAAGCAUAAGGUUGAUAUUGAUACUGUUGAGAAGUUCCAGACUUUACGUGAGCAAGAGAGGAAGUACUUCGAUGACAUGGUUCAGAGAUGCAAGGAUGUAGGGGCUACGUUGGUUAUUUGCCAAUGGGGCUUUGACGAUGAAGCCAAUCACCUAUUAAUGCACAGAAACUUGCCUGCUGUUAGAUGGGUUGGUGGGGUAGAACUGGAGCUUAUAGCAAUAGCAACUGGUGGUAGAAUUGUUCCCAGGUUCCAGGAACUAACACCUGAAAAGCUAGGAAAGGCUGGUUUGGUAAGAGAGAAGGCAUUUGGUACCACAAAAGAUCGGAUGCUUUAUAUUGAGCAUUGUGCAAAUUCAAGGGCCGUGACCGUAUUUAUUCGUGGGGGUAACAAGAUGAUGAUAGAGGAGACUAAACGCAGCAUCCAUGAUGCAUUGUGUGUUGCUAGAAAUCUCAUCCGCAAUAAUUCUAUUGUAUAUGGUGGCGGUGCAGCAGAAAUUUCAUGUUCAAUUGCAGUGGAAGCUGCCGCUGAUAAAUAUCCCGGAGUUGAGCAGUAUGCCAUCAGGGCUUUUGCGGAUGCUUUGGAUUCCGUACCCAUGGCUCUUGCGGAGAAUAGUGGUUUGCAACCCAUUGAAACACUGUCUGCAGUGAAAGCACAGCAAAUUAAGGAGAAAAAUCCUUGCUGUGGCAUAGAUUGCAACGAUGCUGGGACAAACGAUAUGCGUGAGCAAAAUGUAUUUGAAACGUUAAUCGGAAAACAACAGCAGAUCUUGCUCGCUACACAAGUCGUAAAGAUGAUCUUGAAGAUCGAUGACGUGAUUUCACCCUCCGAGUAUUGACAUGAAGCAUGAAGUUUUGGUCUAUUAUGUAUAACAUUGCUAGGGAACCUUUUAUUAUGGUUGGUGUAGUCUUAUUUUGUAGUGUGGUCUUUUGUCAGAUGCUCAUUUUUGUGUUUGUUUUAUUUUCAAGAAAAAGAGUUUUACUUU